CCUGGUCACGCCCGCGCCAUCGUCUACAGUUACACAGGCAGCGGGCUGCGACAGACCCGGGACGUGUGCUCUAUCCGGCCACAUGUUGGGCGUCUCGAACCGUGCAACAUCUGCACUGCACUACACCAGGCUGCUGUGGAAUGUUGGCGAUACUGUGGGCUGUGGCGUCGCUGCUCGCGAAUGGGCUGUCAGAGUGGGUGCAGUUGCCAGUGAUGGAGCGGAUAGAACACUCCCAGACUCCGUCGUGGCCAGGGAAGUACUUCAGACAUGCUGCCAACAACUCACGGAGACUAUCUCGGCCUACACCGCCUGCUGCCUUCCGAGGAACUACUACAACUAGCCCACCCAGCAAGGCCGUGCCGGUCAUCUCGCCACCGACCACGAGGCAGCACCCGAUACUGGUGCUGGCGUACAACGGGAAGACGCCCCGCGUGCAGUUCGUGCGGCCGGCCAUCUUCGUGGGGAACCGCACGGCGAGCCCCGUGCCGGACACGGACCGGCAACAGGCCAAGGGCGCGGACGCGGGCUCCGGGCUGUUCGGCCUCGCGGAGAACCCCUUGGACGUGCUGCGCAAGGUGCACCAGUCGCUCAAGAUGCAGACGCCUCGCUCCAUCCUCGCCAAGCUCAAGUUCCUGCACGAUCUCCGGGAGAACCUGCUCUUCUACGUCGACCAAUACCUCAAAAGCAUGUGGGGGCCGGGCAAGAGAAGGAAGGCUCGGCAGGCAUUGCAGCGCCCAUCCAUCGAGGGGGGCCUCAUGUCCAUGUCCUUCCUCAUGUUCGGAGUAUUCACGGUGCAGCUGGUGCAGAAAGUGAUAAACAAUCUGAGUGGAGGAGGUGCAAGGGGCAGAAGACAAAGACGCUCUGUGGAUGAUAUUUUAGCCUCUGCAAAGAUCGUGAGCUUCAUGGAGCAGUACCCGAUGGAGUUGCAAGAGAACUAACAGAGGCUACAAGUUGCUGCAGGCUGCAUGCAUCAUGGACACACUAAAAUUGGAUCCUGAAGAUCUCGAAUCUUCUGUUCAAGUUAAUAUUUAUUAAUGACUGUUAACUAGACACACUAGAAACAAACAUUUUGUUUUGAGUACAAGACAGUAUGCACUGCUUUGUCAGGUUACUUUUCCUGGAAACCACAAUUUUGUAAAAGUUAGCCUUUCCAAGAAGAGCAACAUUAAAUCAAACAGUAGUAUACCAAAGUCACUUGUAUGAAUAUGUAUUUUAGUAUGAAUAUGUAUUUUAAAUUUAAAUAAUAACUUACCAAUUGGGAUAAACAGAACACCAGAUAUUUUCACCAUCACACACCCGGCUGGACAACCAACAUGAUGCAUUACCAUGAGUAUGACAAAAUACUUCUGGUUUGAUUUGCUAUACGAUUUAAACCUCCAGAAGAAAUGAUGGCUGAUGUCCCAAUCAGGGCCGGCACGUCCAUAUAGGCGAACUAGGCAACCGCCUAGGGCGCCAAGUAGCUGGGGGCGGCACAGCACGACACAUAAUGAUUAUUGAAACUAGAUGAAAAUGGAUUUUUGUUAACAGUUUGGAAUGUUUAUAUUGAUAUAAGUAAUUAUUUAAAGUCCAC